UCGUAAAUUAAUUCUCACUGUAUUUUUCUUGUAAUAAGGGAUGCUCUCAUUCUUUUCCUGAUUAAUUUGUUGGAACUUUUUUAUGGAUUUGUAUAAUCAUGCUCCAAUAUGACGCACCUGUUAUUAUGUAAAAUAUCAUUUUUCCUCGAGAGUUUCCUUAUUCCCUAAUACGUCAUCUCAUACGUAUUUUUCUUGUAAUAUCUAAUAUUUUCUAUGAAUUUCCUUAGAAAUCAUUAAAACUGAGAAGACAUAUAUUAUCUUUUUUUCCUCUAUGUAACAAUGAUACAAAUUGUUCUACUUAAUUUUCCUAUAAUAUAUAUAUAUAUGUGUGUGUGUGUAUAUAAACAAGAGACGAAUCACAUAAAAAAAUGAAUACGUAGUAACAACCAAUUGUUGAUUACAAUUGUUAUAUUCCACAGGGUUUGCUUUGACUAAAAUUAAUUUAUGAUAAAAAAUACAUAGACAUUCUUAAGUGAUGAAAGGAUGCUUGAUGAAUCACGACGGUAUGAGUCAAUAUAAAACCCUUUACUAAAAUAAGAAAAUUUCAUUGAUGUAUCGAAUAUUAAGCCGACCUUAAUAAAUAAAUCUUAUAUAUCUUUUAUUAAUAAUUCCUUUAUAAGGGAAAGUAGAACAGUUAUUUGAUAAUGUCAUCGAUUACUUCGCCUAUAUAAUUUCUGGAAAGAACCUUGAAAUAUUUAAUAAAAUCCUUCCUCUUAAUAAGAAUAGAGGAAAAAGAAUUAUAGAAAUAACGCAUGUACUUUUAAAUGAUGAUUAAGGAAGUAAGGGAAAUUGAAAUAUUGGUAUAGUGAAUUUGUGGGUGACGAGACGAAGAAUUGCACAAUCGAUUUAUUCGUUAAGAAAAUCGACGCUCUUACGUAGAACGUUAUUCCACGCGAUGGUACACGUUCAUCGACCACCGAUCACGCGUGCAACCUCCCUGCCAUGUAUAAAUACUCCUCUGCUAGCAGGCGAAUCUCAGUCAGUCAAGAAUGCGUCCGACGACGUUUUCUUCGGGAUAAGAAAAUUUUCUUUCAUUUAAAUCCUCGUUGUUUCUAUCGGAUGAGGUUUGUCACUAAACGUUCUCCCGCAUGGACCAAAAUUUUCAUCGCCGUUUUAAUAAGUGCGAGGAUAGUGAAAGAACGGUUCAAUAAUUGCGAGUGAGUGAUACGAAGACAUAUUGGAUAGUAGCUGACAAGAAGAGACAUUAAGAAGAAGAAAAAAAAUGUUAAUACAACCGAUUAAAUACGACUUUUGCCUUAGGCUAUUCAUCUUGAUCACACCGAUAUUGAGUAAUACGGCUCAAUCGAUGGCGACUAACAAUAAAAGUCAUCAUCAUCGUACACCUAAAAGAUUGAACUUCUCUCGUUCGUUAGAACCAUCGGAAAAUUUCCUUUGCGGAGAACCACAAUCCCGCUCUUAUAAUUUAAGAGAUCUGAUGCAGACUGUUCAUACAAAUUCCGAGAUCGUCAAUUUUCCACUUUACAUUGUUUCGAAGCGCUGCGACGUACAUUCCGGAUGCUGCAAGAGUUUCAAUAUGAGCUGUACACCGGUCGAAUCGGCGAUCUAUCACGACGAGAUAGAGAUCGAGAUUGAGAGUCUCCAAACGAAUCGUACCAGAAAACAAUGGAUACGAAUCGAACAGCACGGUGAAUGUAUCUGUGCCGUUACCAAUUCCGAUCAACGGAAUUAUUCAACGCCGAACAUCGAGAUGCUUUGAUCGAUAUAUAUUGCUAGGUUGCUGCGAAUAAAAAGAAAGAUAAGAAAACAAGAAAAAGAAUGUAAAAUAUAUCGACAAUGUAAGUAAGUAAGUAAAUGAUCUCGGUGAUACUACUGAUUACAACAUACAUUUACGAGAGCAAUAUAAGGAACAUCUUUUCAUUAAUGUUUCUUAUAGAUCUUUUUCCUAUAUACAUUGAUCGUUUUAUCGCUUAAAACAUUCCAAAAGUAAAUCCAUACCGUUUGAAAUGUUCGAAGGUGUUUAAUGCGAGCGUUUACAGCGCGAUACGCAAAGAUUGGCUCGUAGCCCAGUAUCAUCUAUAUAGCGAUGUCUCUUUCUGGAACCAAAAUGCCAAUGAAUCGGCACCUGCUCUUCGAAAUUACUUUUGCCAAAAUCAAAAUCAUCUUAGGAAAACAAAAAAAAAGAAAAUUUAAUUUAUAUAUAAUAUAUAUGUAUAUAUAUAUUAUUAUUAUUAUUAUUAUUAUUAUUAUUAUAAAAGUACAUAUAUAAAAGAGCUCGUUUAUUCGCAGAACUGAUAAAAUUUCCUACGAAAAGAAAUAAAUACGCUUCGUUUUAUUGUGAUAUUACGUAGGUGCCAUUAAUUAUAUGUAUUUAAUGUAUUAGUUAAUUUAUUAAUAGUAUUUAUAAUUUCAUUCUUUUUCUAUUUAUCGUAUAAUGACAUUAUUUUCAUUCAAAAAGAGACUUAAGAAAUAUUCUCUGACACUGUAAUAACUUUUACAUCAAAGUUUUAUUGCAUUGUUAUUCUUAGAAAACAAUAUGUUUUGUAAAUAUUAACAUAGUAGUAUUAUUUACUGAUUUAAAUUAAUGAACAUAUUCGAAAUACGAAUUGUUCGAGUAAGAGACUGAAAUGCCCAUAUAUAAACCGACUUUAUUUUAUUUCCGGAAAGACUUUUGUGUUAUCAUUAAUAGAUUUGAUACUACAUGAAAUUAAUAUCGAAUUUAAUGAAAAAAUAAAUUCUACAAAAGUAAAACAUUGUAAACAUUGUAGUAUGAUAUGUUUAUCAUGCUAUGCGAUAUCCGUAUAGCACACUGAUUAUAUAGAACUAAUGACGUAGAUACGUAUUGUAUAUAAGAUAUGAAAUUAUUUUUGGAUAGUUUAAUAGAUAUACAUCUGCGCACAAAAAGCAAAUUUAUUUGUUUAUGUAGUCAUUAUUUAUUCUUUAAAAACAAAGUGUGCUCUAUAUUUUCUUAGGACAAAUUUUGACAACACGUUUAAUAUGUAAAGGAAAAUAAGAUAAAUCUUAUUUAAUUAUAUCUACUGAAAAUAUUUUAAAUAAUUGUGAAUGAUUGUAAAAAUUUAUUAUAUUUAACACACACAAACACGAUAUUAAUAAAUUGUAUACACACUUGUUUUCCUAUAACGGAAUACAUAGGCUAAUUUAUUUAUUUAUACAUUUAAGUAAAAUGACAAAUACUGCCACAAAAGUAAAAGAAUUACAUUUUUUUACAUCAAUAUGCAAAAAUCUUUUACAUUUUCUUUUUUUUAAUGAAAUACACUUACAACGAAUAACUUUAAAGAGAAAUAUCGACAAAGAGAAGGAAAGCAAUAAACAGAUUAUUUAUAUAAAUAAAAAUUGAUUUGUUAUUAUUUAGAUGGUUUAAACAAAUUGUAAACAGAUUUAUAUGUUAACAAAAUGUACGUUGAGCUUAGGCACUUUUAAUCACUAAUCAUAUGUUCUAUAUUUGGAAAGAAAACAACUGUAAUGGAAUGUCAUUCAA